UGAAUACAAGUUUUGAUCUGGAGAUUAUGUCAAAAUACGGAAAGCGCCUUUGAGUUUAUUUUUGGAUUCAUUUUAUGUCACAGGAAAUUGUGUUUUCAGGGUAAACUCGCUAUUUCUAUGCUAGACGUCCGCCUGACAAAAAAUUCUAUUUUUUCAAGAAACACACACAGAUUUAAGGAUUAAAUCUUGUGAUAUCGAGCUACAAUGAUGAAAUUUUGUUGUGUGUGCAGACAUGAAAUACAAGAAAAUCAAAAUUCUGGGCAUCCUACAGCGGAGAUUUGGAACUAUGACUUCAAAUUUGAAGUCCCAGAAUUGUCACCUUCGUUGUCAAGAUUAACAAUGGCGACGGGUCCCCCUAACUACAAAAUUAUUUUAUGUGGCGAGUAUGGUGUGGGGAAAACAUCUUCUUUAUGUGAUUUGACACUGGAGACCGGCGAAUUAACACUGUGGGACACGGGUGGAAUGGAAAGGAUGAGUUUCAUUGGUUCCAGCUAUUAUCGAGGUGCGCACGCAGCCUUAUUAUGUUAUAGUAUUAAAAACAAAGACACCUUCACAAUUCUCUCACAGUAUAUCUUAGACAUAGUCAUGAACGCCGAAGGCGCCAAAAUAUUCCUCUGUGGCAAUAUGGCGGAUUGUGAUGGCGAGGACCAAGUGACGGACGCUGAUAUUGAAAACUUCGAACGCGAGUGUGGGGACGUUUUAUCCGGAAUGUACAAAAUAUCUUGUAAAGACAAUUCGGGGGUGUUCGAUAUGUUCAAAGACAUGGCCAGAGUUCUCCACCAGGAGGCUCUCGGGAAAAUGACCUUAAGACGAGAGUUGAACGUGAUUCGGCCCGGGGAAUCUCCAGAAAAUGAAGAAUCACAAAAGAAAAAAUGUUGUUGAAUAAUUGUUUGUGUUCAUGUAAAUGUAACUUUGUGUUGAUCAGUCAUAUUUGUGUAUUUUACAUGGAAGAUAAUGCUUUGUUUUGUAAACAUCGAAUAUUUACAUGGAUUGAAAACGUGUUUUUGUUUCAAAUCUUCAAUGCAUGCGUAUAGAUGUAGUUGUCCUGUAUUGAUGUAUUUAUCUUGUACCUGAUUAAUCAUGGAUACUUACAUCAUGAUCAUGAUACACAUGUUAUCUGGCACAAAGUUAAGUACAUCUACCUGUUCACAUAUUUUUCCAUUUAUCAUGAUUUUCAUGUUUUAGUUCAUAAAUUUCAUGAACAUGGACCACAGAUUUGAGACCAGCGCUCGAAUUUUAUUAUAAAGCAUAUAUACAUGUAUCAUAUUCUUGAAACAAAGAAGUUUAAGUGUAACUAUAGUAAACUUUGAAAACUGUAUGUUCUUGCAAGUUGCACUGGAUAUACAAUUUGAUAAAUCACAAUGCAUAUUGGACGGAUUUUUAAAUAUAAUAUGUUAUAUUUUUUGUUUGAAUUUUAAUGUUUUCAUGCACCAAAGGUUCUAAUUUUAAUAGCAAACUUUUAUAUGAAAUUCUAUUUACAUAUAUGUAAUGUACUUUUAUCUAUGUCUAUUAUAUUUCAAACUGUCCUGUUCUAUAACUUUCACUUUUAAAAUGAAAGUGCCUUUAAUUUUUACAUUAACUUGUAUACUCGUGCAUUUUUAUGUCUUCCUCUCUCCAGUAUUAUUUGUGUAAUAAUUAUUUAAGUGUAGAUACCACUUUAUUGACGUGUAUUUACAGAGGAUAUAUCUUUGGAUAUACCUGUUGUUGUAAAAUAUUGUUCUCAAUUGGAUAAAUAAAUGAAUCAGAAAGACA